CUUGCGUAAUCUUACACAUUAUCCAAAUUGGUGUUUUAGUAUCUUUAAUGACCUUAGUAAAAUGUGAAGUGUUUACGGCUGUCACCGAUAUCAGGAAAUUGUUUAAUACACAUGAGAAUGUGCUUAGAAAUUUAGAGCGGUACAUUGAAGUAGAGGAAAAUAGACUUAACGUACUGAAAAGGUACCUAAAACUAUUUACAGAUGAACAUGAGAAGAUGAGCAGUGAUGGACAUAAGUACGUAGACCACCCAAUCAAUUCAUUCACUUUAAUAAAAAGACUGUCAACUGAUUUCGAACGAUUAAAAACUGUUGCUUCUGAGCCCACGGAGUUCGUUUGGGAUCGGGAGAUGCAAUAUGCGACAGAAGAAGAUUUAACUGGCGCUGCUGUGGCUAUUUCGCGACUACAAUUCGUGUACAAGUUGAACACUACACAUCUAGCUGAAGGAAAUCUGCAAGGCGUAAUCGGUUCUCCGAUGACAGCAAGCGAUUGUUACAAUUUGGCUUUGAUGUUGUACAAGCAAGAACAUCCGGACUAUAAUUUGCACGCUGCCGAAUGGUUCGAAGUAGCCCUCGAAAAGCUGAAUAUUGAGCAGUAUGAGAAUACAUUUACAGCUACGGAAGUAAUGACGUACAUCAUUAAAUCCUAUCAUCGCUCGGAUAUUUGUUUAGACUCAAAAGCCUACGAGUGGGCAGAAAGGCUAUUUGUUUUAAAACCUAACGCUAGCACUGAUUUUGUAAUGAAAUUAUAUGAAUAUGCUGUCAAACAAAACAAGACCGAUGUUAACUCUACUGAUAUUGACUUAAGGAGUAGAUAUUCUGCAUUAUGUUGCGGUGAAACUAAUGUUCUUGCAGCAAAUACAAGCAAAUUACAUUGCUCGUAUUUAAGAAAUAUUCCAUUUCUGAAACUGGCGCCGAUCAAGAUGGAGGAAGUUCACAAGGAUCCAAAUGUUUUCAUUUUUUAUGACGUCCUCAGCGACGACGAGUUUCAAAACAUAAAAACAAUAGCCGGUCCUAAGUUGGAACGCGCCAAAGUAGUCGGUGGUACUUAUAGUGACAGUCGCAUUGGCAAAAGUGCAUGGUUAGACGACGAUGUUGAUGUUGUGGCAAAGCUGAGACGGCGUACAGCUGAUUUUACUGGGCUCAGUAUGUCACACGCUGAACGUUUACAAGUGCUCAACUAUGGGAUAGGAGGCCAUUUCGAUUGGCACUAUGAUGCUUUUAAUAGUAAUCAUAACAACAUAGGUGGAAACAGAAUAGCUACAGUUCUAUUUUAUAUGACAGAUGUCACUCAAGGCGGAGCGACCGUGUUUGCCCAUCUAAAUUUGACCGUAACACCAAAAAAGGGUUCAGCUCUAUUUUGGGAAAACCUGCAACUUUCCGGAGAAAAGGAUAACAAAACAUUGCACGCAGCAUGCCCAGUAUUAUACGGAAGUAAAUGGGGUAGGUACCUACAUUACCUAACACCUACAGCCUACUCAUGCUAUCAUACGUGUAAUCAAUUACUACAAGCAUAAUAUUUGUUUCAAUCAUUUUAACAAUAAUUUAUGUAAUCGUUGCUUAAUAAGGUUUCAAAUCGAGUAAGGGUAAAAAUCAAAUGCUGCGUUUAGCAAUUAUGUAAUGAUUGCAAACAAUACGGUUUCUACGAUUAAAUAAAAUAAU